AUCUGUUCAUUGAUUAAUUUGUUAUCAAUAGCGUAGUGCAUAAUAUAAAUUAUUUUUCUGCGUUAAUACUUCUUACAACAUUUAUGUACGAAUGGAAAUACAUUAAGAUCCUCAAGUUUUAAAUUGUAUCAAGAUUUUUCCAAAGUCUAAGUGUUCUAUUAAUAGCUAAGAAUGCCCGGGACGAAUCUUAUCGUGCCCGUUGUGUUGUGGGGUAAAAAUGCGCCAUCGCAUUGCGUAUCUUCGGUCUAUUUAUCUAGGGAUCAGAAAACUCUAGUUACAGGAUGUUACGAUGGUCAGAUUUGUAUUUGGCAAGUAAAUCCUGAUACAUUGCAAAUGACUCCCCGAUGUCUCCUUGUGGGGCAUACUGCUCCUGUCACUUGUUUAUCCAGGGCUUCAAUAAUUCAGGAUAAUAACUACAUUGUGAGCUCAUCUGAAGCUGGAGAAAUGUGUACUUGGGACCUGGUUGAUGGGAAAUGUAGGGAGAGUGUUAAAUUAACACAAAUCCACACAAAUAUUCAGGCCUAUCAUAUGUGCAACAGCGAGGAUUUACGUCUCUUCUGCAAUGGAUAUUACGCAGAGAUUCUUAUUAUGGAUCCAUUCUCAUUGGAGAUAUUAUUUUCAUUGAGUUCCAAGAUGAAUCCUGAUUGGAUUUCAGCUUUACAUGUGUUACGACCUUCUUCAAGGAAAGAUGAUGUGGUUUUAGCAAUUUCUAUCACUGGAACUGUAAAAGUUUGGUCUCUCCUUGGCCAUGAGAAUAAACAAUCUGAACCGAUCUACGAGAAUGAAUCUAAACAAAUCCGCUGCCUGAAUGCGUUGUCAUUGAACUGCUGCGCGUACAACCAGCGUACUGUGCUCGUUGUUUGUGCUAAGUAUUGCCAAAUAUAUGACGCAGGAGAUUUUUCAGUUCUCUGCUCUAUACAAGCUCCGGCAGGAGAGCGCUGGAUGUCCGGGGACUUUUUAGCCACAGACCGUGUUCUUGUUUGGUCCACCGAGGGCAAGGGAUACAUGUAUAAAUUACCUGCUAACAAGCUACGUGGACGGGCCAUACGUAGCUCUGUACCGGAUCACAAAGGCUUUCACGGUCCUACCGUGGAACACGAUAGUCCAGUAUUAUUUAGUAUUUUGGCGCACCCUGAUAAUAAGUUGUUAUCAUGUCCCCCGGCGAUGCGAUUCGUGACGACAUCAGUGGGUGGAAAACAACGAAGGCUGCUGCUCCGUGGUGAUUCCGCUGGUGUCGUAUCCCUAUGGAAUGUAGACCAGGCUGUCACGCCGGUCCUCAACCAGUUACCUUCGCAUGCCCCGAUUGUAAUGACAAGUUUAGAUAUGGCCUGGGAGGAAAUGAACCCAAGCCCUGUCGGUAUAUUGGACCAAUUGAGUCAUCCAGAUGAACAAGAAAUAAAGUUAACAGCGUCCAUUUAUCUAUUGGCUGCUAACCGUUUAGUGGUCGGCAGAGAGGAUGGUUCCAUAGUGAUAGUAAAUGCGACGCAUACUGUGCAGUUGCAAUUAUUGCACGGCGGUCACCAGCAGUUGGAUGAUUGGCCACCCCAUCAGUUACUGUUGGGACAUAAUGGUCGAGUGAACUGUCUGUUAUAUCCACACCAUAUACAUCACAGAUACGACCGGUCCCAUUUAGUGUCAGGUGGUAUAGACUUCGCGGUGUGCCUGUGGGACCUGUUCUCUGGCGCGCUGCUGCACCGCUUCUGUGUGCACGCCGGAGAGAUCACCCAGCUCAUAGUGCCGCCGCAUAACUGCAGUACUCGAAUACAGAAGUGCAUCUGCUCCGUUGCCUCCGAUCAUAGCGUCACUCUACUCAGUCUGACGGAGCGUAAAUGUGUGACCCUGGCGUCCCGUCACCUGUUCCCCGUGGUGAGCAUCAAGUGGCGGCCGGCGGACGACUUCAUGGUGGUGGGCUGCAGCGACGGCACUGUCUACGUCUGGCAGAUGGAGACGGGACAUCUGGACAGGGUACUACAUGGUAUGAUAGCUGAGGAGGUACUGUCCGCGUGUGACGAGACAGUUGCUGACGACCUGGGCGGCUCGCUGGCGGCCGGCGCUGGAGACCUGCAGGGGCUGGCUAACCCUGCUGUGCACUUCUUCAGGGGUCUCCGUCAUCGCAACUUAACAGCGAUGCGUGCGGCGACGGCGCGCGGGCUGGCGGCGCUGUCGGGCGCGCACGGCGCGGGCGGCGCGGGCCCGCUCGCGGAGCCAGCGCGCGCGCGCCGCGCACCGCUCACUGUGCAGGGAUUCAGAUCUAACCCUACAGAUCCAGAGAGUCAUAUCCUGUUCUUUGACAUCGAGGGUCUGAUAGUGGAAUUACUGAGUGAGGAAUACUCCGCAAUGAGUCCUGCAAGUUUAGAGGCUGCUGGUUUGAUAACCAGUGAAUAUAUGAAAGUGGCGGCAUUAACUCAAUCCGCAAGUCCUGAUGCUGCUAAACGUAUUUCUGGUAUUCUCGCUAAAAUGAAGGAGGGAGCAGAAACUAUGCAGACUAAGUUGCAGGCCAAAGCUGAACAGCUAAAGGGUGGUUCAGAUCAUAAAGAUGAACUCAACCAGAAACGGAACCGUCCCCGCGACAUGUCACUGGCGGAGCCCCCGCACACGAUGGAGAUUGCACAGAUUCUGAUGUCGCUGCUGCACGCCUGGGGCCUCGACCCUGACCUUGAUAGAGUCUGCGAGUCCAAGCUUGGCCUACUAAGACCAAUGGUGCCAGUAUGCUUCGGCGUAGUGUCUCGCGCAAAGAGUUUCAAGCGUCCACAAGUGGAAAUGCUGGCACGUAGAUGGCAACACCAAUGUUUAGAGGUGCGGGAUGCCUCCCAGGCUUUACUAUUGGCUGAACUCGGCAGACUAGGUCCAAAGGGACGUAAGCAGUUAGUGGACAGCUGGGCCCAGUUCCUGCCGCUCUACACGCACACGGAGAGUAUCAACCCUCAUGCCGCCCAAAAGGAGCCUAUAGAAAAGCCCGAGGUAGAGUCAGAAGAAGAAGAAGAGGAGAUAGUCCGAAAGCCAUCGUCUCUCGCGGAGUUAAAACGCAAACAGACGACUGCAGUGGUGCUACUGGGAGUUAUAGGCGCGGAGUUUGGACAGGACAUAGCCAGUGAAGGUGGUGCGGGCAGCAAGCGGCGUAAAGAUGGCGAUAGUAGAAAGAGUUCCAUUGUGGAAGGUUUCACACUAAGCGCGUCCAACAACUUGGCGCGUUUGACAGCGCUGGCUUUGACUCACUUGCUGCUGGCGCCGGGCAGCGCCAAGCUCCCCGCACACACGCCGCUGCGCCGCGCCGCUGUUGACCUGCUCGGCCGCGGCUUCGCGGUCUGGGAGCCUUAUCUGGACGUCAGUCAUGUUCUAUUAGGUCUGCUGGAGAUGUGCUCGGACGCGGACAAGCUGGUGCCGUCGAUGACGUACGGGCUGCCACUGACCCCGCAGGCUGACAGCUGCCGCACCGCGCGGCACGCCCUCACACUCAUUGCCACGUCUAGGCCUGCGGCGUUCAUAACGACGAUGGCGCGCGAGGUGGCGCGCUGCGCGGCGGCGGCGGCGGGCGCUCCGCCCCCGGCCGCGGCGCAGGCGCUGCAGCGCGGCCGCGCGGAGGUGCUCCGCGGCAUCGAGCUGCUCAUUGAUAGGAUGCACGCAGAGGUCGCUGAACUACUUGUUGAGGUGAUGGAUAUAAUCCUGCACUGCGUGGACCAGUCCCACCUGAAGAGCAAGGGUCUGAACGAGGUGUUCCCCGCCAUCUGCCGCUACAACCAGGUCUCGCACUGCCCCGCCACGCGCAGGAUCGCCGUGGGCAGCCACACUGGCCAGCUGGCGCUGUACGAGCUGCGCGCGGGACGAUGCCAGUCGCUGGCGGCGCACGGCGGGCCAGUCACCGCCUGCGCCUUCAGCCCCGACGGCCGCUACCUCGUCUCCUACGCCACUGCCGACAACCGCCUCUCCUUCUGGCAAACCACCGCCGGUAUGUUCGGUCUGGGCGCGGCGCAGACCCGCUGCGUGAAGUGCUACAGCACAGCGCCGAUGGCGGACACAGACAUUAAUAAUGGAAUCAUAUUAACAUGUUUAAUUUUGAGGAGUAAUAAUGCUCGGUAA